AUGGCCAUAGCAAUUUAUGGUUUUCUCUCCCGCCGGCGUAAAAUUGAACCCGCUGGUAUUUCAUACGAAUUUUCUCUAGUUAAAGACAAAUUAACUCUUGGACUUUCAACUUGGCCAAUUUUAAAAAAUGCUGUAAAACCAAUCCAAAUAGAAGAGGAAACAGAAGAUUCUAGUUUUGAAUGGAUGGAUGAGGAGACUGAAAAAUACAAAAAAUAUCUGGCUAGAUUGGAUCCGAAUGACGCUAAGGACCAAGACCAUUAUAAAAUACUUGGCCUGACGAAGCUGAGAUGUGAAGCAACAGCAGCACAAAUCAGGACUGCAUAUCGCCAAAAAGUACUUAAAUAUCAUCCAGACAAAGGGAAUGCUGGGGAUGGACUUCGAAGUGAAUCUGUUUUUGCCUGUAUCCAAAAAGCUUAUGAACAAUUGGGGGUUUCUGAAGAGAAAAGGAGAGCUUUCGAUUCUGUUGACCCAACCUUUGAUGAAAACAUUCCUGACAAUUCUGAUGUUAAUUCUACAAAUUUUUUCCGUGUUUUGGGUCCUGUUUUUCAGAGAAAUGCAAGGUUUUGUUUUUUUUAUUUUUUGCUAAAAGGGAACAUUGUUUACUGUCAGUGCGAAUUUGAUAUAUUUUUUGGUACCAUUCGAUAGAGGACCCUCGACUUACAUUAGUAUUGUGGCCUAAUCCGUUCUUUUGCAAAAUUGGUUUGGACCGAGUUAUGGCUGUUCAAAGUUUCAGUCCUUGAGACUGGUUUAGUAUAGUAUUCUGGUUUGUUAGCUUGGUUAUGGAUUAGAUAAGCU